CUACCGCCAGUUUCGUCCAGUUUUUUGAAAGCUCAGAAAAAGUUCUGUCUUGCUGUGCGAUUCGAUCGUCAAAUUAGGCUUAAGUUCGUCUGCUUUUGAUUAAGUUAAAUUUCAAGUUACUGUGAGUAGUUUUUGAUUCGGGGGUGUGCUUUUUAUUUCUGUCAAAAUAGGUUUAGUUGAAAGUAGAAUGCCAGUUAAAGCCGUAUGUGUUUUGAACGGUGAAAAUGUGAAGGGGACGGUAUAUUUCACACAAAACGGCGAGAAAGAUCCCGUUGAAGUUACCGGUGAAAUUUGUGGAUUGAAAGAAGGUUUACACGGAUUCCACGUUCACGAAUUUGGAGAUAAUACCAACGGUUGUACAAGUGCCGGUGCGCACUUCAAUCCUUUCAGUAAGACGCACGGUGCUCCGGAAGAUGGCGUACGUCAUGUCGGCGAUUUAGGAAACGUAGUAGCUGACAGUAGUGGAGUGGCCAAAAUAAAUAUCAAGGAUUCCAUUAUUUCCCUCAGUGGUCCACUCAGUGUAGUUGGAAGAACUAUAGUGGUUCACGCUGACCCCGACGAUUUAGGAAAGGGUGGACACGAAUUGAGCCUUUCCACCGGUAACGCUGGAGCAAGAUUAGCUUGUGGCGUUAUUGGACUUACCAAAUAAAUAGCGUUAUUAUUUGUUUCGAACCUAAUCCGGUUAUUGUUGUGGUCAUUCCUUCUUAAAAAUUCACGUAUACCAAAUUUAGUUCGUAUGUUUAUAUUGUAGUUUUUACCUCAUCGGUUAUAUAAAAUACAAUCGUAUUCAUCAUUUUUA